AUGGAUUCUGAAGAAAAUGGUUUAUGUUGUGGGUGCCUUAGUACGGGGCGAAAAAUGAUAUUACAAGUCGAGUAUUGGAAGAAACUUACGUUUUCACAAAUAAUCAAUGAAUUUACUUUAUCCGAUGGAGACAGUACUCCAGUAUGGUUGUGCUGGGAGUGUGACGCCAACCUACACCAGUUCACGAAGUUCAAGAACAAAGUCAAGACCUCCUACGUGAUGUUCCUUGAUUUUGUUAAACAGAACACGAAACUAUCACAGUUUCAACCUCGACCUCGUCUCACAAACCAUGUUUUAUACAACUUUGACACCUUAAACACAGACCACAAGCCAUUCCAAAUUAUACCUUCACAAAACUCAGAAAUAUCCAUAAAAGAAGAAUUCACCGACAUAAUAGAAGAUAAUAAUUCAGAUGAUGAGAAACUAAUCGUUUAUAAAACUUAUAAUAAACAAAAGAAUGGCAGAUUAAAGAGGAAAAGGAGAAAGAGAAAUGUAGAUAGAGAUAGAGAUUUAGAAUUGUUUGAAGAAGUUGAGUUGAGUGCAGAAGAGUUGUCGGAAGAAAGAAGAGUCGCGUUGUUAAGAGAAGAGUAUGUUAAUGCGAUGUUUAAGUGUGAAAAGUGUAUUCUGUCUUUUCCUAAUGCGGAGGAUUUGAAAGAUCAUUUGCAUGUUAAACAUGAAUUGAACAAAUCUAAUUACAAAUGCGAAAUAUGCGAAUGUUCGUUCGCGUCCGAGGUAUCAUACAACUAUCAUAGGAAUAAACACAUCCGUCGAUAUGAGUGCAGUGUAUGUAUGGAGCGCUGUGUCAGCAAGCGCGCUGUGGCCAAACACUAUGAGAGCACGCAUUGUCAUGGACCAUCAAUAGACAUAGAUGUACGAAAUAAUCACAUGGAAUUAGUAACACAGCAUCAUAGAAAGGAAGUAGACACACAAAAUGAACAAAAUGGACUCCCGAAAGACACUGAAGAAGGCAUUGAUGAUAGUACAAACUCGGCCCCACUAUUUGCGUGUGAUUCAUGCAACAAAUCGUUCAAGUGGAAGGCGUCGCUACGUAAACACAUGGAGAUACAUCGGAUUGAGACCGGACAGAAACGGAAACCGUACUGCGAACCGUGCAAAUUGUCGUUUACAAAUACAGCGAAUUUACAGAAACACGUGAGAACGAGUAGUAAUCACCAAAUUCAAUUGAAACUUAGAAAAUUAACAGAAGUCCUACCGGACUCGGGUAAUCCAGAGAAGCGUCAACAACACAUAGACCAACAUAUUGAACAGAUAAAGUGUUCAGUGAAGAAGUCCAGGCAACAGUACCCGUGUCCGCAGUGUGACAAGAAGUUCCAGUGGCGAGGGAACCUGCUUCGACAUGUUCACAGUCAUGUAGCUAGAGCCACUGGCAACUUAGUAUGCAAGCCGUGUAAUAGAACGUUUUCAUCUAUAGCGACAUACCAACAACAUAUGAAGAUAAGCAGGAAACAUGUUAGCGAAAAUGAUUUCAAGUAUAUGUGCAGUGAUUGUGGAAAGCGGUUCCCGAAUAAAACACAAUUAAAAGACCACGUCGAUUGGGAACAUUUGAAGAAUUUCGUUCAUAAGUGCGACCAAUGUCAGAAGGUAUUGAAAAGCAAGACUUCUUUAUAUCUUCACAAACAAGUUGUUCAUAGAUCUGAAAAUACCGAACAUUUGUGUCACCAUUGUGGGAGAUCCUUCGCUAACCAAUCGAAGCUCCGCAACCACAUGUUGGCGGUGCACAGCGGGCAGGCCGCGUACAAGUGCGCCACGUGCGGCGCGCGGUUCAGUUGGCUGUCCUGUCUGUCCAGGCACAACAAGAAACUGCAUCCGCAGCCUGGUACUGCGUGA